AAUGUCAUCAGGCAUGUCACUCGUGUAGCGGAUGUAAAAGAAGAUGAAUUGGAGGCUUUAUAUGAAAAACGUUUACGAAAGAAGGUGCAGCAGAAAGAAAGUGACAAAAUUGGGCUUCAAGUUGAUCGAGUUGAUGCCCUUCCUGUCAAAACUUUAGAUGGCAAACUUUACUACCGGACAUUGCCAAAAACAUCAGGAAUAUUUGAAAAUGGUGAAAUCGAAGAUGAAGAUGGUGGUGUUGGAAAGGAUGGUGUAGACAAAAGCAUAAUUAAGCUGACAAAAGCAGAAAGGAGGGCAAAACUUAAAAAAGGUAAGAAAGAUGCUAAGAAGCAGGGGAAAGAUUUGUCUCAAACCGAACAAGUGCAGCAAACGCCACAGGCAGCAAUACUGGCAGAGGUGAAAGAAGAUCUAACAGCUGAAGAAGCGCUCGAAAGUAAAAAACGUAAGCUUGCAGAGCUAGGAAUGGCCUUGCUUUCAGACCCAGAUUCCAAUAUAAGAUCUCUGAAGGAGAUGCUACAAAUCUCUACAGAUGACAACCAUUCUGUUGUCAAACUUGGGUUGUUAUCUUUAUUGGCAGUUUUUAAGGACAUUAUCCCUGGUUAUCGAAUUAGACUUCCAACUGAGAAGGAGUUAGAGAUGAAAGUUUCCAAGGAGACACAAAAGAUGCGACUCUAUGAAUCAACACUUUUGAAAGCUUACAAGGCAUACCUGCAGAAGUUGCUUGCAUUGGAAAAGCAAGUCGUAUGUCAUCACGUGGCCUUGCGCUGUAUCUGUACUUUGCUUGAUGCAGUGCCCCACUUCAACUUCCGUGAAAGCUUAUUAGGUGCUGUUGUCAAAAAUAUCAGCUCCCAAGAUGAUGUCAUAAGGAGACUCUGUUGUUCUACUGUUAGGUCGCUCUUUGCUAAUGAGGGAAAGCAUGGUGGUGAAGCUACCAUGGAAACUCUUCGAUUAAUUGCAGACCAUGUGAAGACAAAUAAUUGUCAAUUGCAUCCUGAUUCUGUUGAGACAAUGGAAGAUGACCAUUUAUAGGCUAAAUGCAAUAAGGGAAACGUUCUUGUUGGCGGAAUCAACUUGUCGAAAUUACGCGGUUGGUGAGCACGACGUCCGUCGCAGGAUGAAAUGAAGAUGGCUGAAGCAUCGGCUGCGGGAUUGAUGAGCUGAUCAGGAUUGACAAACCCAGCCCUAUUUUUCUUAUUAUGUUGUGUUUUUGUGUGAAUUUCCUAACUUACCCUUCCUUUUACUUUACCCUAAAUGAUUCCUGACAGGGUGUCGGAUUCUAGACGACUGAGAAGGCUGCAGUCCAGUAUUAAUUACGGCAAUUCAAGAAGAGGGAAAAAGAAGGGAGAGGAGGUGCUUGAAGAUGUUUGAUCCAUGUUUGGUUGCCUUAUUUCAUGGAAUAUUAGGAGGAUAAACAACUAUAAGAAGAGACAAGUUAUAAGAAUUUGUUUGAAUAGAUGAAAGCCUGAUGUGAUUUGCCUUCAGAAAUCUAAAAUGGAAUAUAUUUCUGACUGAAUUGUCCGUGAUCUUUGGAAGAAUAGGGAGAUUGGUUGGAAAGAUCUUCCUGUAAGGGGAACAUCUGGUGGGUUUUGAUCCUUUAGAAGGAUGGGGUUCUUAAAUGUGAGGAGGUGAUGUUGGGGGAAUGCUCUAUUUCAUGCCUGUAUGAAGAUUGUAGAAAUGAGUGGAAACGGGUAUUCACUAGUGUCUGCAACAGAGGUGGAGAGAGGGUUUCCCUGUGGAAGGACUUGGAGGAUUGCAAACAAAAAUGGGACUACCCGUGGGUUGUGAGAAGAUUUUAAUAUGAUUUUGUAUAGACAUAGUAGGUCCAGAGAUCAUUUCUUAAGGGUUUGAAUAGAAGAAUUUAAGGAGACUCUUGAUAGAAUUGUUGGAUUUACCUCUUAUUGGAGGUAAAUGAACAUGGUCAAAUCAGAGACUCAAUUCUGCUUGUUAAAGAAUUGACAGGCUUUUGGUGUUGGUUACCUGCCACCUGCAAAUUAAGGACUAUGCCAAAAACUUCUGCAACUGACCAUUUCUAAUUAUUUCUCUAUUUUAACUUGUCUCUGAUGGGGGAUCAUGUGGGGUCCUUGCCCAUUCAGGUUAAUGACUUUUGUGAUAAGAUCAGCCCAUUCAGGUUAAUGACUUUUGUGAUAAGAUCAGCAAUUGGUGGAGAGAGGUUAUGGUGAAUGGUAGGGCUAGCUUUAGGGUGGUUUAGAAGAUGAAGGUGAUGAAGACUAAAAUUAAAAAGUGGAGCAAGGAGGAGGGAGGAGUAAGGGAAUGUAUACUCAAUCUGUACUACAGGACAUUGAGGCCAUUGAUAGAUGUAGGGGGAGGGUGUUCUGUCCGAUGUUUACAAGGAUAAGUUCCAAUUGGUAAACAAAUUACAAAUGGAAGAGAUAUCUUGGAGACAAAAAUCGAGUUUAGGUGGACAAAGGAGGAGGAUAGGAAUACAAAAUCUUUCCAUAGUAUGGCAAAUCAUCAUAGAAUGACUAAUUAUGUGGAGGAGAUGGAGAUAGAUGACCAAAUUGUGAAGGGUAAUGAACAAUUUAGGCAAGGGGUCAUGGAAUUCUUUGGUAGAUUAUGUUGCGAGGAGCUAAACUGGAGACCUAAGUUGGAUGGUCCUCCUACCAUCAGAGACCUGGGUUUAAUUGGGUACCAAAUUUCAAUUAUUGCUCCUCCUUUCCUCUCGCCACAAAGCACCGAUUGAAAUUUUGUCUGUCUUGUAGUACAGUAAAUUGGAGUUUCCAUCAU